AUGGUGGACACUGAUAGGAGUCACAUAUUGAAACCACUGCUGCUUGGCCUAACGAUGGUAGUUACUGGAUCGGUUAAUACUAUCGCUGCAAAGUGGGCUGAUAGUAUCAAAGUGAAUAGUAAGUAUUUCAAUCAUCCAUUCGUUCAGGCAAUUUGUAUGUUUAUCGGUGAACUGUCAUGCUUAUUUGUGUACUUCAUUGCACUUUGCAUUCGAAAUCGUCGUGAUCGGGCGUCAUCAUAUAAUGAUGAAGGCAAUGGGAGCGGUAUACCUACUCAUAUGACAGAACGAAAUUCACUCAAAUUUAAUCCUUGCGUAUUCGUAGUACCAGCAUUUUGUGAUGUGCUUGCGACUUCAAUAAUGUAUAUUAGUUUAAACCUUACGCAGGCUUCAUCUUUUCAAAUGCUGAGAGGUGCCGUAAUAAUAUUCACUGGUCUUUUUUCGGUUGCUUUCUUAAGAUCAUGUCUGCAAGGUUUUCGUUGGCUUGGUAUGGGCUUUAUUACUAUUGGUCUCGCUAUCGUUGGAGUGAGCGAUAUUGUUUUCGGUGAAAACACUAAUCAUGAUAUUAAUGGAAUUAUUACAGGCGAUUUGCUGAUCAUUAUUGCUCAAAUCAUAGUAGCAGUUCAGAUGGUCAUUGAACAGAAAAUCGUCUCUGAACUUAAUGCACCACCCUUGCUUGUGGUUGGUCUGGAAGGUCUCUUCGGUUUAGCGAUUCUGACAUUUUUGCUGUUUCCAAUGUAUUACAUCAGAGUGCCAUCCAUUUUUUCAACAAAUCCGUAUCAUCGCCUAGAGGAUAUAUUCGAUGCAUUUAGAGAAAUAAAAAGUAAUCCAUGGAUUGGAUGUGCGCUGUUGCUUACUAUGAUUAGCAUUGCAUUUUUCAAUUUUGCUGGUAUUUCUGUCACCAAGGAACUGUCAGCAACGACAAGGAUGGUACUUGACAGCGUUCGAAUUCUGUUAAUUUGGCUGGUGUCGAUUCCACUUUUUGAUGAACACUUCAUUCCUUUGCAGCUACUCGGGUUUGCACUGCUCAUUCUUGGAAUGUUUGUUUAUAACGAUAUCUUUUUUGGACCUUAUUUACGCCAAAAAAUAUUACCUCUUAUCAGGAAUAAUAAGUUGGCUAGUUGUUGUAUAUCGUUUUGGGGAGUCGACUUGUCUGAUGGCAGUGCUUUAAUUGAAGACAAUAAUGAAUAUUGA